CUUCAACUUGUCAGUCAUGCACAGGAACUGUUAUCACCAUGGCUCGAAUGUUCCCCACGUCUGAUCCGUCCCUGCCGCCCUAUAAAUCUCUCAUAGUACAAGGAAAUUAUCACCCUUCAGCUCCAAUUCACAUGUGUCUGUCGGUUCCUACGGGUGCCAAGGCUUUACUUCUUUCUUCUGCUCGACAGGCUCUCAUACGCAGCCUUUGGGAGUACAACGACGAAUGGCUACUUACCAAUUCUGGAACAGGGAACACUUGUCAAAGUAGUUCCGAGGUUGACAUCUUCUACCCACCAACCCCAAAUCACCUAGUUGUAUUAUUAUCCGCGUUUAGAACAUACAAGGCCUCCGAUCCUGUGCCUCUCGAUGCCAAAGCAACUCUAGAUUCUGUUCCAUCAUUGCUUGUUUUGCACGAGCUAUCUGCAUACUUUUUACCCAUAAAUGAAAACAAACCAACUCCUAUGCGUCUCGCUCUAUUUGAUUCACAACUUGACAAACUGAAGCUUCCCGUCUUACGAACCCCAACUGUCCCCGUGUUUGACGGAGAAGAUAACGGCGAUGAAACACCUCGACCCGAAUCCGUCGCUUUCGUGGCGCACAAGUAUUUUGAAUGGGUGGGCACGUUUGACCGAUCCGACCCAGAAACUGAUUCUCCACCUGAUGGAAGUGGAGUACGCCGCUGUACUUUCACGCUGCACAAGCAAGGCAGUGACAUCAAAUCGGAUAUCGUGUGGCGGUGGUCAGAAGUUCCAAACAGACGCACAGCCGUUGUGAGAAACAUACAAUCAUAUUUGCCUGAUGACGACGUGUGGGUCCAAUCCGCGGCUGGCUUUGCCCGAGAUUCUGAACACAGGAUGACCCUGGCCCUCGAUCACUAA